CUCGGUGUGCCCGAGCGGGCGGGCCGCGGGGUCGGGGCCCACCUCGGCCCUCCGCUUUUCCUGGGGCGACGCCCGACAGUGUCUGGGCGCGAGGCCGAGGCCAGGGUCCCCGAGGACACCUCCGGACCCGCGGGGCGCUCUAAGUGGAAAAAAGAAGAGAAAAAUUAUCAAAUUUUGGAAACAGAAAAGGCUAUGUGGAAAAGAUGGAAUCCAGCUGAGUCUAGAAGGAAAAGUGCAACAUAGACAAAGAGGGGAUGUUUCUGGGAGCAGGAGCUAUUUGUGAAGGAGAAACAUAAACAAAUUCAUGAAGACUGUGAUAUACGUGGCCAGCUGGAAGACCAAUGAAGAAAUAAGAUUAGAGAAGCAGGUCUCCUUAUAGAUUUUUCUUGCAUCAUGAGAGAUGAAAUUGCAACAGCAGUUUUCUUUGUCACAAGAUUGGUGAAAAAACAUGACAAAUUGAAUAAACAGCAAAUAGAAGACUUUGCAGAAAAGCUGAUGACAAUAUUGUUUGAAACAUACAGAAGUCACUGGCACUCUGAUUGCCCUUCUAAAGGGCAAGGCUUCAGGUGUAUCAGGAUAAACAACUACCAGAAUAAAGAUCCCAUUCUAGAAAAGGCUUGUGCUGAGAGUAAUGUGGAUUUUUCUCAACUGGGCCUUCCAAAGGAGAUGACCAUAUGGAUAGAUCCCUUUGAAGUGUGCUGUAGGUAUGGUGAGAAAAACCAUCCAUUUACAAUUGCUUCUUUUAGAGGCAGAUGUGAAGAAUGGGAACUAUAUCGACAAAUCAGUUAUGCUGUUAAUAGAGCCUCAUUAGACUACUCCUCUGCCACUUCCUCUGAUGAAGAAAGUGGUAGCAAGGAACUUCGCAUCAUUCCUAAAGUCAGCAAUCCGAAGAGCAUUUAUCAGGUUGAAAACUUGAAACAUCCCUUUCAAUCUUGGUUCCAAAUUUCCCGCAAAAAGAAUGUGGCGGAUGGCCGUGUGGGCCUCCUGGGAGGUACUUUUCAAGCUGUGCACAAGCAGCCUAAGUGUCAGAGGCCUGCAGUGGGCCGGGUGGACAGGUACCACUGGGUCAACGCCAACCGAUGACGAAGAGUCUGGGCGUGUGGUGGGGGAGCUCACAGGGGCGGCUUUUUUCUCUCUAAAAUGAAAAUGAGUCUCAGGUUGAGAGGCCCACGAAACAGAAAAAAAUGACCAUAUUAGGAACUAGGGUGCAUAAUGAUGAAUCCUCUCACGCAGAUCAUGACUCUGUUCUUAGCUAUACCUUUAAUUCUUACUUGAUUUUAUAUGAAGUUUUAUGUGCUACUGAUGAAUGUACCCAGUAAAGUAGUAGAAUGAAGAUAUUGACCUGUGAUAAGAUUCAGUGCUGUGAAAAGUAACAGUUAAAUAAACGUACUGUGUUUUUAAUA